AUGAACCGCACACUCUACGACAGGGCUCUAGACGAAAUGUCCUCAAGACUCCCGAUUCUGUCAUCUAGUCUGAUCUUUCUCCUAGCUGCGUUGCUGGCACAAGCCUUUUUCAAGGCCGAUCCACUGGCACAUAUUCCUAUUGUCGGCAAAGGAGGCAAAGAGGCAAGGAGGAAGCAAUAUGUAUCUGGCGGGUCCGAAAGUAUUGUCGUUGCUCCUAAAUAUAUGCCGGAGCUGAGGCGGCUACCAGACGACAUUCUUAGCUUCACAGAAGCUUCCAAUGAAUCCCUCCAAUCUGAGUACACGCAUAUGAAUUCCGACGCCCCGGGGCUUCCGCAAAUCGUCAAGUCUAUGCUCACACCUGCACUCGUGAGACUGAACCCUAUUAUCUCAACUGAAGUCGCCGGGACAAUGGCAUCGGAGCUUCCACAGUCAGGCGAGUGGAAAGAGGUUGACAUCAACCAGAAGCUGUUACGCAUCGUGGCUAUUGUGUCUGGCAGAAUCUUUGUGGGCCCCGAGCUCUGUCGCAACGAGACAUACAUUGAUUCUGCCAUCAAUUACACCAUAGACGUCAUGGUCGCCGUUUACAUGAUCGGGCUCGUGCCUGUAUGGCUCCGUCCUUUUCUCGCGCCCCGUCUCCCGUUCGUCAGGAAAGUGGAAAAGCGGAUCCAAGAAGCCGAUGACUUUCUGCGCCCAGUGGUCAAGGAGCGAAGAACAGCUAUGCAAGACCCUAGCUUUUCAUCACCUGACGAUAUGUUACAGUGGAUCAUCAACUCCGAAAUCAAACGGGGAAAUGAUGACGACAAGGCUAUUGCGAAGUUGCAGCUGAGCGUGAGUAUGGCCGCUAUUCAUACGACAACUCUCACCACCCUCAAUGCUCUCUACACCCUUGCUGCUAUGCCGCACUUAGUGCCUGAGCUUAGAGACGAGAUACGUCAGGCUCUGAAGGACAACGGUGGGGAGUUUGGCAGUCCUGCUUUACAGAGCAUGAAGAAGCUGGAUAGUUUCCUCAAAGAAACCAUGCGAUGUUUUCCACUCAGUGCUGUCUCGUUCCAACGUAAGGUUCUGAAGCCCUUCACACUCUCAAAUGGCCAAACCAUCCCUGCCGGGGUCAUUGUUGAGGUUCCGGCAGGAAGUAUCGCAGCUGAUGGUGCCAUCUUCGACAACCCCGGCGAGUUCGAUCACUUGCGCUUUUACAAUAUGCGACAAUCCAAAGGCAGCCACGCCACUGGAUCGGCGAAGGCAGAGGUCGUUGCUAACAGCCAGUUCGUCAGUGUCAGCGAGUCAAGCCUGACAUUUGGGUACGGCCGGCACGCCUGCCCUGGGAGAUUCUUUGCUGCCAACGAAAUCAAGAUGAUUAUGGCAAACAUCCUGCUUCACUAUGAGAUCAAAAACCCCGAUGGCGUGACGGAAAGACACAAGAAUGUCCGGACUGGGUCACAGGUUCGUAGUUACCAAAGCCUCGCGAUCUUGAUGGUAUGCUGA